AAAAAAAUUAAUUAAUUUAUAUUUUUACAGAUGACAACAUUUUCUAAACGUCAUGCUCGUCAUGUUCACUUAUACGUCAUCCGAUUAAUUCAUUCAUUUUCGUGGUAGACGAUGAUCGCGGUUGCAUCUCUAUAUUUUUCCUAAUUUGUUCCAAAACCAGUGCAGUGAGUGAAAUAGUGUCAGUGUUCUGAUUUAUUAGGGCAAUUUGUGACAACAUCAUGUUUAGUUGGCUUAAAAAAGAAGGGGAAAAAACCGAAAGUAUAGAGAAUGUCGUGGAAGGUCUCAAAAGGAUUUACAAAACUAAACUUUUACCACUGGAGUUGCACUAUCAGUUCCACGAUUUUCACUCACCACAACUUGAGGAUCCAGAUUUUGAUGCGAAACCUAUGAUAUUGCUCGUCGGCCAAUAUUCCACCGGUAAAACUACAUUUAUUAAAUAUCUCCUUGAGCGAGACUUUCCGGGCAUCCGUAUCGGACCGGAGCCGACAACAGAUAGGUUUAUAGCGGUAAUGUAUGAUGAAAAAGAGGGCGUAAUACCUGGUAACGCGCUCGUUGUUGAUCCCAAAAAGCAAUUUAGGCCUCUAAGCAAGUUUGGAAAUGCUUUUCUGAAUAGGUUUCAAUGUUCUACAGUCAGUUCGCCAGUCCUACGCGGCAUUUCUAUCGUUGACACACCCGGUAUUCUGUCUGGUGAAAAGCAACGUGUUGAUAGAGGCUAUGAUUUUACUGGUGUUCUAGAAUGGUUUGCAGAACGUGUGGACCGUAUCAUUCUACUGUUUGAUGCCCACAAACUUGACAUAUCAGAUGAGUUUAGACGCAGCAUUGAAGCUCUAAGAGGUCAUGAUGACAAAAUACGUAUUGUCCUUAACAAGGCUGAUAUGAUUGAUCACCAGCAACUCAUGCGUGUAUAUGGUGCUCUUAUGUGGUCGCUGGGUAAAGUACUUCAAACACCUGAAGUGGCUAGAGUAUAUAUAGGUUCAUUCUGGGAUCAACCGCUCCGAUAUGAUGUUAACAGAAGGCUAUUCGAGGAUGAAGAACAGGAUCUAUUUAGAGAUAUGCAGUCUCUGCCGAGGAAUGCAGCACUUCGUAAAUUGAAUGAUCUAAUUAAAAGAGCACGCCUAGCCAAAGUUCAUGCAUUUAUUGUCAGUGAAUUGAGGAAAGAGAUGCCUUCAAUGUUUGGCAAAGAUGGUAAGAAGAAGGAUUUAAUAAAGAACCUUGGACAGGUGUAUGAUCGUAUUCAGCGAGAACAGCAGAUAUCUCCUGGGGAUUUCCCAGAUAUAAAGAAAAUGCAAGAGAACUUAGCGAACCAUGACUUCUCAAAGUUUCAUCCACUGAAGCCUAAACUCUUAGAAGUAGUAGAUCACAUGUUGGCAACUGAUAUUGCACGUCUAAUGGAUAUGAUUCCUCAAGAAGAUGUGAAUAUUGUGUCGGAGCCACUUAUUAAAGAUUUGAUCCAUAAGAAAGCUUCCGCCUAUAGCCCACUCAACAAUGGCAUCCUCAAUGCCAAGAAUUCUGCACCGUAUGUCUUGGGUGGUGCAUUUGAAGGUGUGGAAGAUCAAGUUUCACCAUUCGGUUACGGCAGGGGAGAGGGUGUCGAUGCGGGCCACGGCGACCCCGAAUGGAUCUGCAGCAAAGAGAAGCCCCGAUACGACCAGAUCUUCCAAUCUCUAAACCCCAUCGAUGGAAAAGUAACAGGAGCUGGUAUGCAACUUUCCGUACCUUCGUAUAUUUGUAAUCCCCACCUUCGCGGUACAAUUAUUAUAAACAAAGCUUUAGACGCUAUGCUCUCUUCCACACAAAAUUGUACAUCAUUAACUGAACUAUGCAUGGCUUUGAAAGACCGUAAAGACGAUAGUAUUGGUGGUGAUACUUUAAAUAGACUUACUGACACUUUAGCAGUAGCGACACAAAAUUCUAAUAUGAUCGCACAAUUUAUAGCAAACUGUAAACAUGAGGGAGACAAUCGCAGACUCUCAAAUGCAGUUUCUAUCAAUACUUUAAAUGAUACGGUCUCUCUCCAAGGUGCUAGCACUAGUUUUGAUUAUCACGUAGAAACUGAUCGUUCAGAAUCCAGAAAUUCUGAUAUAGGCAGUGACGACAGUAAACUUGAUGAUGUUGUGGGAACAGAUGGUAGGAAUGCUCCUAAUGCUAAUUUGAAUUUAGAAGAAAAUCACGACACAAGCAUAUUUCAUCCUAUCAUAUAUUUCUCAAAGUUAAUUUUUCUUAUAGUCUUGAAUGUAAUGUCUAUAAUGAUAACAACACAGGUAGCGUUUAUAACGAUACUCUAUCUUUUUACGGGUGAAAUAUAUUUGGAGUUUAACAUUGAAAAGAAGCCGCAAUCGUUUUUUGAACAUGCGGCCAAGACGGAGAUGGUGAAAUCUAAACUGCCCAACUCUGUGCUGGGGAAAAUCUGGAAGUUGUCUGAUAUAGACAAAGACGGCUUCUUAGACGAUGAAGAGUUCGCCCUGGCUAUGCACCUCAUCAGAGUCAAGAUCGACGGACACGAUCUACCAUCGGAUCUACCCCCCCAUCUCGUACCGCCAUCGAAACGCAACUGAUUUAAUCGAAUAAAUUGCGAGCUUAAUCGAUACCACUUUAACUGCAUAUAAGCUAUUAUAUCGAAUAUGUUUUCGUCUAUUUAACGCCAUUGAGAUAAGGUCGUUAUUUGACGAUAUUCAUUUGGCUUUUGUAUUGUUGUGUGUAAAUGGUCUAGGAUGGGCAGUGGACAGGAACAAAAGUAAUUGGAGGCAUUUUUGAGAAUAAUAUAAAAACAGACUUUAUUUUUAAUAAAUUAUAUAUUUCAUAUGUGAUCAUUGUAUGAUCACAAUUUCCACAAUGUUUUCAAUUAUAUUUUCCAUGCUUACUUUUUUAAAGCAAAAGCUGGGCCAUUAUAUAACUGAAGAUCCCAUGGCUAUUUUUAAUUUAUAUCAUUAAUUUAUUCAGCAUGUUAACAUAUCAUUGUGGCUAUGAGUCCUGCGGUAUAUAUUUUGACAUACUUAUUUAUAUGUUAUAUUAUUUUUGUAUGUAUGUUGAUAGUUUUAGAGAAGUGAACACUACAUUUGAAAUUUAAAGAAACAGUUUGUCUCGACUGUCCAAUAUAAAUAUCAAAUACAUGCAUACACUUAAUUGAAUCAUUGUUUAAAAUCGGAAUUGAUAUUUUACACAUUUUCAAUAAAUUUCUUCUAUAAACCGAAGAGGUUUUGUUCUAAUAAAAUUGAAAGCAAAAAUCUUUUGAUUUUCUAGCGAGAUUUGUUAUUACCUGUUAUGUUUGUGUGUCCUCGUUAAUAUUAAUUUACUGUUUGUGUGGCAGAGGGCGUUGCAAGCGGGCUUAAGGAACAACAACGUACUCUUUUCAGUAUAGUGUUUCACAAACGUCGAGGUACGGUCAAUGACGUUAUGCGCGUGGAGAUGUAGGUCUAUUUGUGGGGAAGUGGGGGGACGCACGCCAUUAUUAUUUAUAAUUAUUUGAUUUUUCAACUGAAGACAUUUUAAAUUAAAUAGUUUAUAAUAAAAGUAUUUAACAUAUAUUCACAUUGAUAACGCAAUUUCACUAUAAAAUAUACUAAAUUUAUUUCAAGUUUAUGUGGUGCUUUACUUCAAUAUUUAUUGGAUUGGCUGAAGAUUUCUUAUUAUUUAUUAAUCAGUAAGUUGUUCCUAUAAUUAGUAAAACUAUACAUUUUUAUUUACUCCCAUUAUAUUUUACUAAAAAAAUAUAUAGGUACUUAUUUAUAAUGGAAGAAGUAGUAAUAAACUUCCUGAAAUUAGAACUUAUUUUGAGUUUAUUUGUUAUUAAAAGUUACAUAUGUUUUGAGUAAAAUAUCCUUUAAAAUUGAAUAAGUAUUAGAAUGUUGCAAUAAAAAAAUUGUUAAAAGAUAUAUUAUUUUUUCACAUUAUAUAAUAUUAUCUAAAUUUCGUGUGCUGUUCUGCAUUUAAGCAAUUUUGUAGUUUUCAGUGCCUUUACUAUAAUAACGAAUUAAAGGACGCAAUUUAGAGCAUUAGAAUCUACUGGAUUUUUAUAAAAAAAAUAUAACUGUAUUGUUUCACCUAACUUAUUUAAAUAAUUUCACCGAUUCACUUUGUCGAAUAGAACGUAUUUACGGGGCAAUGAUAAUAAUAUUAAUACAUAUAUGUAAAUACAGAUUUUUAUAUGCGUUUGAUAUUUGGGAUUGUAUUUUGUGCACCUCGGGAGGUGACGUGUUUUUACAUUUUGCUACUGUGUGUACAUAAAGAAAUGUAAAUGUAUUGAUUUAUAAAUUAUAAUUAGUGUGUAAUAAAUAGUUAAGAAAGCAGUGUUUACCAGUUUUUUUCUUAACUUUCACAUCCCUAACCUAAGCUUUAAUUAGGAACAAGAGCCUCGCAAAAUGUUCUUGGU